AUGAGGCAACCGGACAUGUCCCAAUCGCACGCCUACUACCAGGACCAACCCCAGAUUGUGACCGCAUACCUCUCCGAUGCUGAGGGCCGUCCAGCCGUUCCUCCCACGGCUUAUCUACCUGCGGAGACGCAGCCCUCAUCACAGCAACACAGCGGCGCCAACCACGACGGGAUCGUUGACUUUCCCUCGUCGGAAAGAGCCUCCGUCCACACUUCCACGUCGAGACCGUAUCCCUCCGAUUCGUGGGACUCCGCUUACCCUCAAUCCAAUCGUCAUUCCCUCCAGCCGUCUGUGAAACGUCUACCCCAUACCGAUCUUGAACCCACGGCGGCUCCAGUGACGUCCGUACCCUCGGCCUAUCUCGAAGGCAAUCCCAUACUCUCUUCCUACGGCAGCGGAGCCGCGCGCAAAGAAGACCGCGUCCGAGGGAGUUGGACCGACCAUUCAUCAUACAUGUCGGGGGAGGAUCGUAACCCUGGUGUCGCUCGCGUCCCGAAAAGAGAAAGCCCAGAUGUUGAUUUCUAUUCAGAUAACAGCGAGGAUGCCGUGCUCAUGCUGUUGUGCGAUCUCCUGGUCCCGCAAUUGCAUAUCCAUGAACGGUUAAUCGGGCUGCGGCCGCAGUCGGUGAAUAAUGAGGGCGAACAAUCGUCUGACAAUGAUUACGGCGAAGACUACUCUAUUGGUGGCUUGAUCAUGGUGCUUCUUCUGUCGUCACUCACGUCUUUCGGCCUGCUCCUUCUCGCAUGGAUUGCCGCAUUCUUCUGGAUCUUUGCCAUGAUCCUCGGUAACCCCGACGGCACGGAACGAAAAGACGACGGCCGAGCAGCUGUCUUAGGCGUUUCCCGAUGGUGGCGGCUAUGGUUAGGCAAAGCCCGUUCGUCUGGGUAA